CGAACAAUAUUUCCUGCAAUUGAAUAAAUAAAUUUGCAAAUCAUCAAUGUCUUGAAACGCUUGUAAAAACAUCGCUGCAUCGAUAGUUCCGUUGGAUGCUUGUCCACCUCUAGUGUUGUUGUUUCGCUUUCGUUCGUUCUUAUCUGAACAAAAGUUGGUCUUUUGACCUCCUCCACUCCAAUUCGAGCUGCCGCUCUACCAAAGGUUAAUAUCAAGCAACGAGCCCAGUUAAACAGUUUGUUACGUAGCCCAGCGAUGUCGUUACGUCCACUUGUGGAAGGCGACUGCGGCGCCGUCAAUCCGUUGAUGCAACUUGGCGGCCAAUUCACUCGCGAUGUGGCCCGCAAGGACGAAGGAUUCGCAGCGGCGCCAUUCGAGCGCCAGCUGCGUCCCGAUGAGCAAAUGGUCAGCGAAUAUCUGGGUCAUGUGGCUGCACCACCGCAAUCCUUUCAAAUGAACUCGCUGCUGCAGGAGAUGCGCGACAUUAAUAUCCAUGGUGCAGGUGGAGCACAGGUGGAUGAGGUGAUGGCUGGCCAAUGGAGUCGUGACUUUCAGCAACAGCAAAAGCUUCAGUCCGGUGGCAACAAAAUGCUGCACAUGCAGCCGCAGCAGCAGCAACUGCACCAUGCUCAAGAAUUCUUCGAUGAACCUUUGAUCAGCAGUCAAAACUUUCGGCCGCCACCCAUGAUGAUGAUGCAAAGUCCAUACAUGGCCAUAACAGCGCCACCAGCGACACAAACACAACACGAUACCUUCUUCGACGAGCAGCUGGAAACCAUCGAUACCGAUAAACAAAGAGUGGAGGAUUGGAUUAACGACUAUCCACGUGAAAAGGAGCAAAGCGAACAAACGGCAGCGAAUUUCAAUGAAAAGUUCUGGCAGCGGCUGCAGGACGAAUGGCAAAAGUUGGCCGAGGAGAAUGAGCAUCCGUGGCUCAGCGAAUAUAACGAGAAUCUGGACGCGUACAAAGAGUACGAGUUCGCUGAACAGAAUCCCAUGUCGGAGCUGCCUAAUGCCUUCGAGAAGGGCAAAGAAUACCUGGCCAAAGGUGACAUACCCAGCGCAGUGCUGUGCUUCGAGGUGGCGGCCAAAAAGGAGCCGGAACGCCUCGAAGUCUGGCAAUUGCUAGGCGCCUCGCAGGCAGAGAAUGAAAUGGAUCCGCAGGCAAUUGCGGCUUUGAAGCGUGCACUCGACCUGCAGCCCGAGAAUCGUCAGGUGCUCAUGUCGCUUGCCGUUUGCUAUACAAACGAAGGACUGCAGAGCAGCGCUGUCAAAAUGCUAUCGAACUGGAUUGAGGUGCAUCCGCAGUAUAAGCAACUGUUGGCCGCCUAUCCACAGCUGCAGGCCGAGGGCAGCUCGCUGGCCUCGUCGCUGAUUGGCGCCAACAAGCUGCGUGAUCUGCAGGAGGUUUACUUGCAGGCUGUGCGCAUGCAGCCGUCACAAGUGGACGCCGAUCUGCAAGAGGCACUGGGUGUGCUUUACAAUCUGUCGGGGGAGUUUGACAAGGCUGUCGAUUGUUACAGGAGCGCAGUGCAGGUGGAUCCACAGAAUGCCAAGCUCUGGAAUCGUUUGGGCGCCAGUCUGGCCAACGGUUCGCGGUCCGUCGAAGCUGUCGAGGCCUAUCAGCAUGCACUGCAGCUCCAGCCGGGCUUCAUACGUGUGCGCUACAAUGUGGGCGUCUGUUGCAUGAACCUCAAGGCGUACAAGGAGGGUGCCGAGCAUCUAUUGACGGCCCUCACCAUGCAGGCGCACACAAAUGCCUCUCGAGAUCUGCCCAAUGCCGAGGGCAUUGCUGGGGGUCAGCAACAGAUGUCCGAGUCCAUUUGGAGCACACUAAAGAUGGUCAUAUCGCUGAUGGGACGCAGCGAGCUGCAGACGCAUGUUAGCGAACGUAAUUUGGCAGCGCUUAAUGCUGCCUUCAAGGAUUAGUCUCGUGUGGUUUCGAAAAUUCCAUGUAAAUAACUGCAAUUCCAACGUUUUUGUUUCUACUUUUUGUUGCCUGUAAGAUCUGAAAUUGAAUUUGUGUUAAUAAUAGAAAGUCGUGUACCAUAUGCACUAUA